CUCAUUAAAUAAUUUCCUUUGUUUGUUUUUUUUAAAUUUGGAAACGUUGAUCAACUUCAUUUCCAAAAGAACAAACACGAGCAUUUCAAAAUAUAUGGAAUGAUACAUGUAUACGAUUGAUCAGUCAUUUAUUAGUGCUGAUUGCAUCUGAAAUGUUCUGAAUAGUUUAAAUGUCCCCUCAAUAGGUGCAAACUGAUGCAAAGGAUUGACUGAAUAAACAGGCCGUCAAUUGUACCUACCGUUUCUUGAUUUCUUAUGUUUCAAACACAGUAGGGAAAAUGGCGACUUUACACUACAUUUUCUAUUUGUGGAUUCUAUUCGCUUCUGAAUACGUUCAAAGUUCUGGAAAGGGUUGUGCCCCGGGGCAGAAUAAAGGAGCACAAGAUCCUUCUUGUCCGUCUUCAGGAGGAGGGUCAUCUGGGGCCACCACGGCAGCCACCGCGGAAACUACAACGGCAGUCCCCACCCGACAGUAUUCAUCAUCGGAGCAAAUGGCAUCGUUCAUCGUGGACACAUUUACGUCUUCUACGGCUACCUACAACAAUUUAAUUUUUCCUAGAAAGAAUUUUAAUGACACCAUUUUAGUAGACAUUGGUUUUAGCUUAAUAGCCAUCACUGACUUUGAUGAAGUAGCUGGGACAUUGGAGGUGAUUGGAAUCUUGACAAUAACUUGGUAUGAUGAGUUAGUAGAUGACUCCUACAGCAGUAGUGUUCAUGGACCAUUUACGGAAAUUGCGAUACCUAAUGGAUUUCUUUGGAAACCACCAGUUUCCCUAUUUAACUCUGCUUCAGCAAUUGAGCCUGUAGGCGAUACUUCUAAUUAUGUUCGUAUGUACAGGAUCGACGAUUCAAAUGAUCCUUAUAAUCGGCAUGGUAAAAUGGAAUGGCGUCCAGGCGUGAUUACCAAAACCGGAUGCACAGUAGAUGUGGCAUAUUUCCCUUUUGAUAGACAAACCUGUAACAUUACGUUCACCCACUGGGGUUUUACUGACAAACAAGUGAAAUUCGAACCAUCCGCAUCGAGUUUAGAUUUGACAGAUUAUUCACCGUCGGACGAGUGGAGUAUUGAACAAUCAAGACUGGUUGAGGAAACAGUUGAUGGUGGUUCAUUUGUGAAAAUAGAAAUAACAUUAGAACGAAAACCUACUUAUUAUUUGGUAAACUUCUUCCUGCCAAUACUUAUUUUGGGUAUCUUGACUGCUUUAGUGUUCAUUCUGCCUUUAGAGAGUGGUGAGAGAGUCGGGUACUCCGUAACAGGUUUCCUUACCUUUGCAGUAUACUUAACCUUAAUUGCUGAGGGAAUGCCAAGGACAUCCGAGCCAAUGGCCAUCCUCAGCUACUAUCUGAUGUCAAUGGUCGUCGUUAGCGCAGCUGCUACCAUCAUUACCGUCUUCACUCUUCGUAUAUUCUUAAAAGAAGAAAACGAUCCUAUCCCAGCCUGCAUAGUCUACUUUAUUGCUGGUCUGAAUUGUUUAAUCUGCACAAAAGAGGAAGAUGAUGACGAUGAAACGCCAUUAUUAGGUCCAGAUGCAGUGGAACUACAGACGACGAGAGUCGGGUCAGCCAAGGCUCGAAGAUCCAGGAUUGAGGUGGAGAGUAUUGCCAGUGAUGACCACCCUGACAAUAAAUAUGACGUAGAUUGGAAGCUUGUAGCCAGUACAUUAGAUAUAUUUUCUCUGGUUGCCAUCAUGGCAGGCAGUGUGGCCAUUGCAAUCGUGUUUUUGGUUCCACUGGCUGCUCAAAUGUAAACUUGUACAUGGAAAUCGUUUUUGAAUUUCUGUUUUUAUAGGAAAUCAAAAAAAUUAGAUGGUGCAUGGGAUGCAAUAUAAAUACAUGUAACGUUAUGCAACAUUUGUAGAAAAUCUGUUUUCAAAAACUUUAAUGUCAGUAGUAUACUGGUGUAUUAGGUUACAAAAUAUUUGUUCAUGAAAUUUUCAUCGACUUGUAUUGUUUGUUAAAUAGUAACAAUAAAAUGCUAGCCUCUGAGUAGCCCAGGUUUUGGGAGCAAGCGGGAUACCAAAUUCUCAUUAAGAAUUUUUUUUAGUCUAUACCCCUUGGCUAACAUCUAAGAAAGGAAAACCGCGGGUCAACAGCGUAGCAAUAUACAGGACGAGUGUUGAUAUGACUUGACUGAUAAAUGACUUGGAUGCAAUUUUUAACUCUUCUUUAUUCUGAAUUUGGUGAUUGCUCAGUCAAAUUGAUGUCAUAUAAUAGUCCCCCCAGCCUAGCUCCUAGGAUACUGAACAAAAAUUCCUCAAGAAAUUGUUAUGUAAUUCAUAAUUCAUUGUCAUAUUAUUACACGUGGCUUAAAACCCAAUGUACCUUAGCCCGAUGGCCUUGAAUGCUGAAAUAAAAAUAUAUAUACUGAUUGAUUGAUCCACUGAUUGUGCACGUUUUUAGGAUCAGUAUGUUCUGGGAAGAUAAGUGCAGUCAGAUACAUUUACAAAGAGAUUAAUAGAUAAUGAAAACCAUU